GGCGGCGCGGCGGGCCCGGGCCGUGAGGAGCCGGGCCGGGGCCUGGUCAUUUGGAAAGAACUGUCACCAUGGAAGACCAGGAGAUCAGUUUUAGUGAGGGAGAACAGCAAAUGUCUCCUCUAGUGUUCCUAGAGGAGGAGGAAGAAAGACAAGAGGAGGAAGAAGAAAAGGAAGAGGAAAGCAAAGAAAGAGAAGAAGAGGAAGAAGAAAGAGAAAAAGAAAGGCUAGAAGAGGAAGAAGGAGAAAGACAAGAAGAGGAAGAAGGAGAAGAAGAGGAGGAAAAAGAAAGAGAAGAAGAGGAAGAAGAACAAGAAGAGGAAGAAGAGGAAGAAGAAAGAGAAGAAGAGGAAGAAGAACAAGAAGAGGGAGAAGAAGAGGAAGAUGCAGCUGAUCAGCUCUUUGACUUGGAAAAACACUGGGAAGAAUAUGAGCUGGAAGAAGAGCUGGAUGUUGGUGACAAGAUGGAAAACAAGGACACUUUUGAAGAGGCUGGAGACCAGUCUGAUUCUACCAUUCAAAGGCAAAGCUCAGAACACUCUUUGGGCAAAACUGGUACCAUUCAGCCUCUGAAGUCUGCAGACAGAAUUCACUUAUCAGCCUCACUGAGAAGCCUCCAAUUGUUCAAUGACAAAGUCAAGGAAAAGAAACUGAUGGUCCAAAAAACCAGUGACGCGCUGAGUGCCUGUCGGCUGCGGAGCAACAUGCUGGCAAAGCAGCUGGAUCAUGUAGACAUGGAAAUAGAGAGAGAGGAGGAGGCUGGCAAUGUCGCAGCCGUGUCCCGCCUGCAGGCCGUGAGCAGCCGCCUGUGCGCCGAGCUGGAGAGAGAGAGGGAGCUGGAGCUGAGCCUUGCUCUGACACUCAAACAAAACCUGCUUGAGAUGUGGCAGAUAGAAACUGAACAGGAAAAACACGACAUCCUCCAUGAAAAACUUCAAAAAGAUGAGGAGGAGCUACAGAUGCAAUACCAGGAGGAGAGAGAAGUGAGGAUUUGGAAGGAAAAAAUAACAGCCCUGCAAGCAGAAGGAACACGUCGGACUCGAGAGAAAAGAGAGAAGGAAGCCCAGAGAGAACGUGAAGAAAGAAAUAAAAAACUCCUCGAGGAUGCCAAAAGGAACCAUGAGAAAGCAGUCUGCUUCCUGAGGCAAAGCAUGGCCAGAAUUCAUGAACAAAAUGCAAAGGAAGAAGCGAAAGCUCAGGAGCAUAUGGAGAGAAGGAUCCAAGCUGUGCUUUCCCUGAAAACCAGCAUCACUUCCAACAGGGAAAAGCUCCAAACUCUCCAGGUUUUGAACAAAGCAAAGGCCUUGGAGGCAAAGAAGGAGGAGAUGAAGAUGAGGGAGGCCAUCCAAGCAGAAGGAGGCAAUGUUAUCAAGAAAAUUUUUCUCCAUAAACGACAGCAAGAACAGGAGAAAAGGAAAGAAGCUUUUAGAGAACAGCAGAAGUCAAGAAAAAUGGAGAUUGUGGCUCGAAUUUUGCAAGAAAGAGCUCCUCCUCACAAGCAGAGCAAAAGUCAGUCCCCUGCUAAGGCAAUUAAGGCUCGUGGUAAACUUGAGGAUCCUUUACUGCAGAGCAGGAAAGCCUGGCAAAGUGAGGAGACCUGCAAACAUGCAGAUGGAGAAAUAUCAGAGCUGGGGUGGCCUCCAUUAGUUCAUUCCUCGGCUGGGGAGGGAACUGCUUCCCAAGGAGAGAGUUCUGAGGACACAGCCCAGGAUGUGCUCCAGGAAAGUGGUGAUGAGGACACAGAGAGGGACAAGACCCUGCUGGUACCUGAGUUCCCAGGACUUUGGAAUCUGGAAUUUGACUUGCACAAGGUGGCCAAAAUUGAAGAUCCAACACAGUUGGCUCUCAGGACAAUAAGGACACAAAUGGCUAAGAAAGAAAAGGAGAAACUCCAGACUGGAAUUCUUUACAAGCAAAGUGUGCCUGCUCAGGAGCACAAGGGCUGUGCCUUCCACAGCAAACCCAGCUGCAUUCAUUUCAAGGAUUUUGAUGUUGGUCAAAUCUACAAAAAGAAGAUAAUUUUGACAAAUGCAUCCUACAGUGUUAAUUACUGCAGGCUGGUGGGAAUCAGUGAAUGUCUCAAGGACUCCAUCAGUGUUCAUUUUGACCCACCUGGCAAAAUGUCUUCUGGGAUGUCCUGUGAGUUCCUGGUAACAUUUAAGCCAAUGAUAAAUAAAGGGCUGGAAGGAGCAAUCAUGUUUAUGGCCCAGACAGGUUCUUUUUCUGUUCCACUGAAAUGCACGGUCAAAACCUGCAUGCUGGCUCUGGAUAAGGAGCUCAUUGACUUUGGCAGCCUUGUGGUGGGAGAGACAAUUUCACGGCCCAUCACCCUGACAAACAGCGGCGCUCUGGGAGCCACAUUCCGAGUCUGGGCGUCACCAGGUGCCACAAGUUCCCUCAGAGCAGCAGCAAAAGCUGCUCCUGCUAUCGUGGUCACUGAAUAUCCCAGUGACUCUGAAGAGGAAAAGGAAGGCAGCACAGGCCCUGUGGCAGCUGGGGAUCCAAACCAGAGCUGUGCUGAGCCCAGGGAGGGAAUGACCCCCAGUGCAGCCCAGGAGCCCAAGAGAAGCAGUGCCACAGAACAACUUGGUCCAGGAGAAUUAAAUACCAGAUCACAUCUGGACAGAGACAAUGAAGAUAAUUUAAUGGAAGUUUCUCCUGAAGAAAUACCAGUUGAAAUUAUGCUUGGAAAGGUGACUGAGGGUGAGAUUGGACCCUUCAGCUCAGUGAAAAUCCCAGUGCUGUUUGUCCCAGCUGUCCCUGGGGACGUGAGGGCAGAGUUUGUGAUCCUGUUUGACAACCCAGACUGCAAACCAAGCAACAACCACGCUGCGUUUGAAGUUUGAGGUGUGCAGAGAACUGAGCAAGCACAUGGAGCUGCUUCCAAAAACAGGCUACAUCCGGGCUCAGUCAUCCCUCAGUGCCCAGCUCAAGUUCCUGCCCAGGCAGUCCCUUCCUGAAGAUGCAGGGAGUUAUUUCAAUGCAGAGACAGGAAUCCUGGAGGCCCCAGUGACAAUCCUGAUCAUGGACAAGGCUAAAAAAGUGAAUUUUACUGUCCAUGCCAUUGUUACUACUUCUGAUUUGGAAAUCAGCCCAGCACAGAUCAGCUUUGGGUACUGCACGAUCUACGAAGCUGUGCAGGCAAAUGUCACCCUAACAAACAAAUCCAUCUUGCCACAGGAGUUUGGAUUUGUGGGACUGCCAGAGUUUGUUGAAGUUCAACCCAACGAUGGAUUUGGAAUUAUUCUUCCCCUGGAAAGCCUGACACUGGACAUAAUCUUUAAAGCCACCAAGGCAAAAGAGUACAGCUUUGAGCUCACCUGCAGGACAGAGAUCAACAGACAAUUCAAGCUGUCAUGCAAAGCAGUUGGAGUCCACCCACCUCUUGAAUUGUCUCAUUCCUUGGUUCAGUUUGCUGCUACAGCCCUGAACUCGGAGUCUUCAGCCACGGUGGAUGUGCUGAGCUCCCACCCUGUGCCCCGGACGGGCACGGGCAGCCCUGGCCCUGCUGGCCCCGCUUCCUUUGAGUUCCACGUGCCCCAGGAGUGCCCUGUGGGCAUCGCUCCCUCUGUGGGAACUGUGCUGCCCGGGCAGAAAAGCUCCGUCCGAGUGUCCUUCAGGCCGGCGCUGCCCGAGCAGCUCGUCAGGGAGGAGGCAGCGCGGAGGCUCAGCACAGCAGCUGUGCCACAGGCAGCAGCACAAAUUCCCAGUGAUCCCCCUCAGUCUCCAGUGGGCAAAAAGAAGAAAGAUUCAAAGAAAGAACAAAAAGAACGAAAUAAAUCGAGUGUUUCCAUCUCCAGAGGAAGGGCUGGAAGCAGGAAAAGCCUGGCUUCUGUACAUAGCCCUGAAGAGCCAAAACCAGAAGAGUUAAAGCCUGAUUCUGAUGCUUAUAGGGCAGCCCAGGCUUUCCUGACGAGGAGUUUCAGAGGGAGUUUUAGCAAAUACAUCAUCCCAUGCUCUGUUGCAAGUGGCCAUGCCAGUGGAGAGGAGGGCUCUGGGAGCUUGACCUGCAGCCCUCACAACACCUUGUACCUGGAGCUGCACUGCCCUGCUGUGGCCCCUCCUGUGCUGAUCAUGUCAGACUCUGGGAUCAACACAGCCAAUUUUGGGGAUGUUGCUGUAGGCCACAGGAUGAUGAAGAGAAUUACAGUAGAAAACAUCUCCCCAGGGAAGCUGGAGCUGGGAUUCUCAGUUCUGAAUCCCAAUGGCCCCUUCCUGUUGGUCAGAGCAGUUGGAACACUUGAGCCAGGUGAAAACAAACCCCUGAUCAUCUCUUUUUGUCCAACUGAGGAUAAAUGGUUCUUGGAAACUCUGGACAUCCAGGUGGCACAGAGCAACCUGAGCCUCCCCCUGUGUGGGCACGGGGUGGUGCCCAGCACUGAGUGCUCCGUGGGAGAGGUGCUGGACAUGGGAUACGUCAUGGCCAGGGACACCGUGACUGCCACAGUGCAGAUAAAGAACACUUCCAGCAUGACCCUGCUGUUCUCUGUGCAACUGGAGUCGCUCUCACCAACGCGGGACAGAGACCGGCAGAAAAUCCCCUCCUUUCUCACAUCCUCUCUGCAGAGAACAGAGAUUGUUGGAACACAGAACUAUAAUGGCUUCAGUGUGUUCAGGGUCUCUCCAACAGAAGGAAAAAUCGAGGCUGGGAUGAGCCAGGAUCUUGUGGUUACCUUCAGUCCUGAUCACGAAAGUCUCUACUACUCCGACCGUCUCAAGGUUCUGCUCUUUGGCAAGCACACAGCCCACGAGGUCCAGCUGAAGGGAGCAGCCCGGGAUCACCUCAUGUUUGUGGAGGGGGGAGAGCCCCUGGAUGUGCCCGUGGAGUCCUUGGCUGUCACCCCAGCUGUGGCACCACAGGAAGCACUGGGAAAAGGGCCACAAGAAGCAGUGAGGUCCCUUCUCCUGCUCCUGGAGUUUGUGGAGGGCUCAGCAGAGCCAGCCAGGGCAGAGAUCACCGUGGGGGCCAUUCAAAGUCCUCAGAUGGCAGCCAGGAAGAGCGUGGAGUUCAGCCUGGACAGCGGCCCCGAGCUGCGGCGGGCGGGCUUUGUGUGGGAUGGCACAAUGACCCGUGUCUCCUGUGUCCACAAGACCAGGCUGGUUUCUGUGUGGUUCUCUCUGCAGACCAGUGACCCCCCUCUGGUGUCAGCCCUGCUGACUGUGAAAGGGGACAUCACAGAGUGCUACCGAGUCCUGCUCAUGGCCAGAGUGGUGUCUGCAGCUGCUCCCACUGCCUGAGGCGUCAGGCAAAUGGAAGAAGAUGGAGGUUCCAUUCCUGGGAGGUCUCUGCUGGAACAUGGGAGGAUUUUGAGGUUGUUGCAAAUUAGUGAGGGCAGCAGGGACAUGGGAAGGAAGGGCCAUGUAACAUUUCUGCUGUUUCACCCAAAGUUCUCUGUAAACUCCGGUGUCAGUAGCUUAAUUUUCCAGCUGACUCUGUGACAAUAAUCUUGUGUUAGAGGGAAGAAUUCCUGAGGGCCCCCAGCAGCUACAGCUGCUGUUAAUCCCAAGUCUCCCAAAGUCAUCCCACCAGGAGGAAUAUUCACAUCAGUGAGUUUCUAUCUUUAUCCAAUUUCAGAUGCUUUUUGUAGGAUUUGGAAAGGCCUUGACUUUUUCUAAGACCAGAAUAAAGUUUCUUAUUCAA